AUGCUGUUUUAUAAAACACAUCAAGAUAAGACUUUCCAUGAGUCCGGAUUCCCCUGUUUGACACUAUCGAGUAUUCCAGCUUUAGUAGUAUUACCAAGAGCCCGGUACGAGAUAACUUUCAAUAAGUAUAUUGCCCUGAAGAUUCUACAGUUUUAUAAAAAACCUUCCAAGUUUAGAUUUAAUAGUAUUGUGGUGUCGGAUGGGAUUGAUGCAGAAGAAGCCUCAAGUGAUCAGGAUAAGUAUAUUUGCUUAGUUCCAGCGAGAAGCCCUGACUGCGGCAAUGGUUGUAUAGCAAAAAUCAUGGACGUUGUAGAGAGCUCUUUCUCAACAACAUUUUGGUUUAAAGGGAUACGAAGAGCAAGUAUCAAAACUCCUUUGUACAACUCUGGGAACAAAAUUUGGGUGUCGGAUAUUGAAGUGCUGGAUGAAUAUGGUAGCUUUAAAGCUCUAUUUAGCGACAGUAUGAAAAAUAACGACAUUGCGAUCAUAAAACAAGUUGAAUCUGUCAAUAAAUGCAUUACUAAAUUUAAUGACAAAUACAGAGACACUUUGAAAUCUAAUAGUACAGAACAUCUCCUGCUUUUGACGCCUUUGUCAAACACACUAUUUUUCCAGUUGAACAAGGAGCAAUUCAAAGAGCAAUGGGUAAAGCUAAUCGCGGAUUUCGAAAAGUUAAAACAAAGCUCAAAAUCAACAUGGGAUGCUGAACACUCUUAUAAGCUAAUUAUUUUCCUAGACUACGUUGCAACUCUGUUGCCAACAACCACCAUUAAAAAAAUACAGUUCCUAUCCUGUAUCACACUGAGCUCGAGAAUCGCAAAGUUUAAGGAAAUUUUAAGCAGUUUUGAAGGCGUAUUUGAUCAACUGUAUUCGUCCAUUGACUAUGUUCGGAGUUUCUACGAUAACGCAAGUACUUUAGAGAAGGCAAGUUUGGUUGGUAGUCAAUUGAGGUCGUUGAAAUUUUUCAUUGAAGAUGUCAAACAUUCAACCAGAGCCUCAAUAGAAGAGGGAGUAUCUGGACCAACUAAUGAGCAUGAGAAGGACAGUGACCUGGAUAAUGAAAAUUCCAGUCCAGCACCUCGCUAUGCUAAUGACGGUAUCGAUCAGAUCAAAAGAUUUAUUCGUAGACUACCGAAACUAAAGGUGCAAGAAGAGAGCAUUAAGAUGCUGACGAAGGAUUUUAAAAGACUGCAACAAAUGACACCGAAUAGUCCAGAAUAUCAGUUGUUGAGAAACUACUUUGAUAUUUUGAUUGAUAUCCCGUUUAAUAAGUUUUCGAAAUACAAGGAAAUAGAAAUACCCGUUUGUAAAAAGAUGCUGGAUGGCGACCAUUUUGCCUUGUACAAUGUAAAGAAAAGGUUAAUUGAAUAUCUGUGCGUUUUGAAAUUGGGUCACCAAUUGAAAACUCGGGACAGGGCCCCAAUUUUGCUUUUGGUUGGCCCACCGGGCGUGGGUAAAACUUCAAUAGCCAAGUCAGUUGCUGCGGUACUGAACAGGAAAUAUGAAAGGCUGUCUCUUGGGGGUGUUUAUAAUGAAUCAGAGUUAAGAGGUCAUAGACGUACGUACGUUGGGUCUAUGUGUGGAACAGUAAUAAAUGCACUGAGAAAAAGCGGGACAAUGAAUCCUUUGAUUCUCUUGGAUGAACUGGAUAAAAUAGCAAGCUCCUUUGCUGAUGGUAAUGUCCAGAAUGGGAACGGUGAUCCAUCAGCGGCACUUCUAGAGAUAUUGGAUCCCGAACAAAACUUUUCGUUUGUCGAUCAUUACGUUGGGUUCCCGGUGGAUUUAUCCCAGGUACUGUUUAUGUGUACUGCUAAUGACAUAAAUGGUAUACCGAAGCCUCUUUUGGAUCGCAUGGAAGUGAUACGUAUUGCCGGAUACACCUUAGAGGAGAAAAUAGAAAUUGGGAAGAACUUUCUUCUACCAAAGCAAAUAAGGUUGAACGGCUUGGACAAGUGUGGAGGGGAUUUCACACUGUCGAGCAAGGCUUGGCAGGUACUGGUGAGUGAGUACACAAUGGAAGCUGGUGUUCGCAAUUUAGAGAGACGUUUGGCUGCCCUGGUUAGAAGUAAGGUUGUGGAAUAUAUUGAGCACGACAACACUUUUCACGAUUCAUCAAUUAUAAUGGACGAGAAGCAGUUACGAAAAGUGUUAGGGCCCUCUCUGCAAAAAAUACAGAAAAACUUAUUGUCACCUACAAAGUUUUCUCACAGUUAUGGGGUUGUAAACGGUCUUUCGUAUAAUUCAAAUGGCACUGGGGGUGUUCUUGUCUUUGAAGUUAUCAAGUUAGGAAACUGCAGGGACCAAAAUGGACCCCACGUCAAAGCCACAGGAAAUCUGGGGGCUGUGCUACAGGAAUCAGUUGACAUUGGCGUCAGUGUGGUAAAAUCAAUAAUUUCGAGGCGCCUUUUGAACAGUGGUGGAAUAUCUGAUGUUCGCGAGUUUUUGCGUAGUGAAUACCAUAUACACGUUCCAAUGGGGGCAAUAUCUAAGGAUGGUUCGAGUGCAGGGGUGGCAAUCACAUUAGGUUUGUUGUCUGCAGCGAUCCACGCCCCUAUUGACCCUCAUUCAUGUAUGACUGGAGAGAUAACUUUGCGCGGGAAAGUGUUACCAAUAGGCGGACUAAAGGAAAAAUUACUGGGCGCUAGGUUAUUUGAGAUGAGAAAGGUGCUGGUACCCUUAGCAAACAGAUGUGAAGUGCUAGAUCUCGUCGAGCGAAGCGGAGAAAUGCACGGUGACAAACCGGGCUGCGACAAAAUUGCCGUAGUACAGAACAAGCUGCAUCUCAGUAUUAUUUACGUUGACGAUGUCUACGACGUCAUCGAGGCGGUGUGGCCUGGCCUGCUGCAACCCGCUGGCUCAACAGUUAACGCGAACCACACCAGCCCGAGCCCCAGCCCCAGCUUCAACGGUAGCAGCAGCGGGCCACCCACCGUAGCACCGCGCAACGAACUCCAAAAGGGCAAACUCUGA